AAACCCACUUCAGUACUCGCCUGCCCGCCGACACGAACGGUCGCGCGCUCGCGGCACUCCCAUCUCGAACUUUCAUCCAAAUACCAAAUUAAGUGUUUUAAUCCAUCGAUGAAGUAAGCAGAUCCCGGAAUUAAGCUGUCAAAAGAAAUACUUCGAUAACCAGCAUGGCCCGUCACCUGUUCAGCCUGUGCGCACUGCUUGCGCUGUCGGCCGCCCGAGGUCAGACUGAAACCGAACCACCUACCACUAUCACCACCAAACCGCCACCCACCACCACCACAGCGGCGACUACCACCGUCGCCUGGGAGACCAAGACCCUGAACGAGGGUCAGGCCAUUCAGAAGGCUUUGCAGUAUCUACUGCAGCAUCGGCAGCCAGAUUGGGGCUGGGGAAAUGAUACGCAUGAUGUCAUGCUCACUCUUCAGCUUGCAAACAACACUGGAAAGGAGAUAGAACAACAGGGAUUGGAAAUGCAGCUCUCUGCCAAACAAAUGGAGAUCGAGAUUCUACUCAUGAUGUCAAAGCACCACGAGUCUCCACCGCCGCUGGCGCGUCUUGCCGCCUACACCCUCGCCCUCGGCGCUCUCUGCAAGGACCCUCGUUCCUUCCACGGGCGUGACCUGGUAGCAGCCCUUCUCCAUCGGGAGCCGCCGCAUGACUUCGACUUUGCAUAUGCUACCCUGGCUGCCUGUUCAUCUGCCGCCCAUGUCAGACGUCGCCAUAUCAGGCGGCUGCUGGAUAUCGCUAAUGCUGCCGCUGAUCAUAGCCUUGAUACGAUCUCGAUGGUGAUCCUGGCGUUGCGGUGCGUAGUGCAAGACCACCGCCACCGCAGCCUGCUCCAUUUUGUGCGGCGCCCCAUGGCCGGCCUGGCGCGCCAGCAACACCCUGACGGUGGGUUCGGGACGCAGCUGACGACCACUGCUCUGGCUAUACAGGCUCUAGAGGACUCCGACAGCGGUCCAGGCGCGCAUCAGCAUUGGAGCCUUCCUUCGGCUCGCAAAUGGCUGCUGGAACGGCAACAAGCCGACGGAGGUUGGGGAGACGUUCGUGAUACUGCUGCAGCUGUUGCUGCCCUCACUCCUGCUUCCCUGGCAGCAGUCAGGCCACCGCAUUGCAGGAACAAGCUGCAGGAUAACCGGAAUGAAUCGCUAGAUAACAACAACGGCGAUGGCAGCCUGAAGAUGUCAUACCUAUCGCACACGAGCAACGAGUCGGAUGCGCGCAACGUAUCCUUCACCUACACGCUGUGGCUCGGCACCAACGUCACUGAAAACUACACGCUCUACAUGAUGGCUCCAAGAAACAUCUCCUUCUACCACGUAAUGCAAAUGGCAGCCGAGCAAGACCCGAAGUUCAAGUUCGAAGCCAGUGAGUGGCCGAACGGGCAUUACGUCCACACGCUUGCCGGACAUAAGGAAGAACCGAUGGGCUAUCAUUAUUGGUUGCUGUACCGUCUGACUGAGAUCCCAGACCCAGCCAGCCCGCCUGGCAACCAGCUUGUGGCUCCAGUAGGUGUGGACGAUCUGUUGGUAGAGGACGGGGAGCAUUAUCUCUUCUGGUACAAGAAGCUGUAAAUCUGUAUUUUCCUUUGCCGCGCUACCAGCGGCUCUUAAAUCAUAGGUAUCUUGAAGGACUUUGCUAGAAACUUAAUAGUAUU